AUUACAGUUAUUGGUCCUUAGUGGGAUCCACUAGACAUAACAUGCUUCCAACAGAAUUCAACAAAUUCAGUAGAGACCCACUAGGGACCAUUAGACUUUCCAUUAAAACCAAUACUAGUCCCAUUAUAACCAUUACAAAUUCUAUUAGGCUUUUUAUUAUUGUUGUUGUUUUUCAGCAAAAAAAUUACCAGGAAAAAAGGAGAACUAACCAUGUCCUUAUCUACAUAUCAGUAAUGCCUAUUGAAGACUAUACUUCAAAUGUUUACAUAAUUUAGCAUAGCUUAUCUUUUCCAACGCAGCUAUUCGUUUUAAACUGAAGGCUGUUUGACCAGAUUCACAGCUUUAUCUGGAUGUAGCAAGAUUAUGACAUGGGUUUGGCCGUGAAAAAGGAAUGAUAAAAGGUGAUGAUAUGAAUAAAAGUAUGAAAGUAUUGAGGACACUAGGGCAGACGGCUCAUGGCUGCUCUGAGGCUGAGGAGAGAAAACUAGUGAAAAGAGGAGAGGCGCUUUUCCUUCCUCUCGGAUAUUUGUAGGAGUGAGGCUUCGCUUAAUUACAGGAAAUAUGUCAGAAUACGACACUUGAGACUUUUUUUUUUUUUUUAAUCGACAAGCACUUUGUUAGGAACUUGCUCCACGCCAUGGCGAAGCAAUACGACGUCCUUUUCAGGCUUCUUCUUUUAGGAGACUCCGGUGUGGGGAAAACAUGUUUGUUGUGCCGGCUCACGGAUAACGAGUUUCUUUCGCCACACAUUUCCACUAUUGGGGUGGAUUUCAAAAUGAAGACAAUUGACGUCAAUGGAAUCAAAGCGAGAAUGCAGAUAUGGGACACAGCUGGACAGGAGAGGUACCAAACUAUUACAAAGCAAUAUUACAGACGAGCACAGGGAAUUUUCCUUGUAUACGACAUUACCAGCUCCCCCUCCUUCCAACACAUAAUGAAGUGGAUUAGUGACGUUGAUGAGUACGCACCAUGCAUAGUGCAGAAGAUUCUUGUUGGGAACAAACAUGAUGAGGAGCAUCGAAGACAAGUGACCAUGGAGCAGGGGAAAAAGCUUGCUAAGUCUUAUGGUAUGGAUUUCUUGGAGACAAGCGCCUUUACUAACUACAACAUCACUGAGGCAUUCACCCGGAUGACUGAGCUGGUGCUGGAAGCAAGCAGGAUGGAGUUGGAUAGUGUGCUGUUAUCCAACAAGGAUGAUCUCAGCACUACUGAAACAGAGCAGGAGCAUGAGUAUUCCACCUGCUCAUGUUAGCGAAGUGUUAAAGCAUAUUUAUCAGCUGCUACCGAUGUCAGUAAGCCAGUUAUGAAUACCACUUCAACAAUGUCCUUUAUAAAAUAUUUUUGAAACAUUUCCUCAUUACUACACAUGUAUUAAUAGAUGCUUUGUCUCAUUGCUUGAUCCUAGAUGUAAGAAUGAACAGUAAACAUUUGGAGAAUGCACCAUUGGUUGUCUCACUAGGGGGUGUUGUCUAUGAAUCAUUUAUUUGUUCAUCACGGCAAACAAUUGUUCAUCAAAAAUGCAUCAAAUUGCUGCUCUGACCUUAUUUUGCCAUUUAGCUUGUGACAUAAUCAUGGGCAGAGCUGUGAGGUACAUCAAGGACUUGUGAUGCAUUUGACCACUAUUCCAUUGAAUUGACCGUAAUCCGGGCAGGAGAAAGGGCUCCACUUCUUCACUGCUUACUUCUGAAACAAAGAGGGAGAGAUUUGGUUUUGGUAUUAAAAUAAUUAAAACAUACAUUUAGAAUUUGAUACCAUUAUUAUUGUUAAAAUAUAUAUAUAUAUAUAUAUAUACUUGCUGUCAAAUCUGUAUGACUACUGUAGAACUGUUUAUUGUAGAAAUAAGUUGUAAAGAUUUGUAUAUGAUCUAGAUCCAUAUAUGAAAUACUAGUUCUCCCUA